AUGUCAACAAUUACAAUUAGAGGUAAUACAGUACCUGUUACAUUUGCAUCUGAUAUACCUGCUGAAACUGCACUCAGCGCACCAAACUUUGUAAAAUGGACCAAAAGAAUGGAAACACAAGAUAAACUUAAAGUAAAUUCAAUUCAAGUGCAAUCGAUCGAUAUGUUUGGUAAGAAUGUUGGUUUCCUCAAGUUCAAAGCUGAAGUUGUAGCUUUGCCAGAGAACAGACCAGUACCAGGAAUCAUCUUUUGUAGAGGUGGUUCGGUAGCUAUCUUAGUUAUCCUCACCUCAAAAGAGACAGGUCGUCAGUACAGUGUUCUCACUGUUCAAUCUCGUGUACCAGUAGCUAGAUUCGCUUACAGUGAGAUUCCAGCCGGUAUGUUGGACGGUAGCGGUCAUUUCGUUGGUGUCGCUGCCAAGGAGAUGAAAGAAGAGACCGGUAUCGAAGUAACCGAAGACAAGCUGGUAGAUCUCACUCAGCUGGCCUAUGGUGACACUGCAGAGGGAAUGUACCCAUCACCAGGUGGAUGCGACGAAUUCAUUCGUUUGUUCCUCUUCCGUGACACCUUGGAGCAAUCAAAGAUCGACGAACUUCAAAACAAAUGCACUGGUGCACUUGAGGAAAAUGAAUCGAUCACUCUCGACAUCGUUCCACUUGAAGAUCUCUGGAAGAAGAGUCCAGAUGGAAAGACACUAUCCUCAUUGUUUUUAUAUGAAAAAUUAAAGGCUGAAAAGAAACUUUAA